CCAACUGUGUCGCUAUGGGAGUAACCAAACCUUUUCCUGAUGACGAUUCCAAUCUCACAAACCACAACUUGGAACAAGUCGAGUAUGUCUUUCUGGUCAUCUUCACUAUUGAAACAUUUACCAAGAUCCUGGCCUAUGGGUUGGUCAUGCAUCCCAGUGCAUACAUACGGAGUGGAUGGAACUUGUUGGAUUUCGUUAUUGUCAUUGUCGGCCUUUUCAGCGUGUUUGCAGAGAUGGGCGCUGACCAUAAGCCAGGAGAGGCCCACCAUGCUGCAGGGAAGCCUGGAGGUUUGGAUGUGAAAGCCCUACGUGCUUUCAGGGUGUUGCGUCCUCUACGACUGGUCUCUGGUGUACCCAGUCUGCAGAUUGUGUUGAACUCCAUCAUGAAGGCCAUGGUGCCCCUGUUACACAUCGGUAUGCUGGUCGGCUUCGUCAUCAUCAUCUACGCCAUCAUUGGGCUGGAGCUCUUUCUUGGCAGGAUGCACAAGACCUGCUACUACAAAGGCACAGAGCUGAAUGUGGACGAUGACCCUACGCCGUGUGCGUUCGCUGGGAAUGGGCGUUUCUGCAUGGGCAACAAUACAGAGUGCCGAGGGGGCUGGGAGGGGCCUAACGGCGGCAUCACCAACUUUGACAACAUCUUCUUCGCCAUGCUCACCGUGUUUCAGUGCAUCACCAUGGAGGGAUGGACCGAUGUGCUCUACUGGAUGAAUGAUGCUAUUGGCAUGGAGAUGCCCUGGGUCUACUUUGUGUCUCUGGUAGUCUUUGGUUCCUUCUUCAUCAUCAACCUCGUUUUGGGUGUGUUGAGCGGUGAGUUCUCUAAGGAGAGGGAGAAGGCCGUGGCUCGUGGGGAGCUCCAGUUGGCCCAGGAGAAGAAGCAGAUGGAGGAGGAUAUGGUGGGCUACAUGGACUGGCUCAUCGAGGCCGAUAACAUGGACGAGGACGGCAACAAACGAGCUGUGGUUGCCAAGAAGAAGAUGAUGAAGAAGUAUGGAUGGUACAAACACAGUGAAGAUGGAGAAUCGGACUCAGAUUCGGAGUUUGAAGCUUUCCUAGAUGAUGAUGGAGGCUGCUGUGCUUCGAUUAUGCAGCGAUUGAUGGCCAUUAGCUUCUGCGAGCAGCUGUUCCACCUGAACCAGGCGAUGCGCAAGAACGCCAGAGUGGCAGUAAAGUCCGCCAACUUCUAUUGGCUGGUGCUGCUGCUGGUGUUUCUGAAUACGGCAGCCAGUGCCUCUGAACACUAUGGACAGCCAAAGUGGCUCACUGACAUUCAAGAACGAGCCAAUAAGAUCCUGCUGGGCCUCUUCACCUUUGAAAUGUUGUUGAAGAUGUACAGUUUUGGGAUACAGGUCUACUUCAUAGCCCUAUUCAACCGCUUUGACUGCUUUGUGGUGUGUGGUGGUAUCCUGGAAACCUUUCUCGUGGAGAUGGAUUUCAUCCCGCCCAUUGGAAUCUCUGUUCUGCGUUGCAUCCGUCUUCUCCGUAUCUUCAAGGUCACUAGGCACUGGGCUGCCCUCUCCGACCUGGUCACAUCGCUGCUGAACUCCAUGAAGGCCAUCUGCUCCCUGCUGCUGCUACUCUUCCUCUUCCUCAUCAUCUUCGCCCUGCUGGGCAUGCAGCUCUUUGGCGGCAAGUUCAACUUCGACGAGACGCAGAUGAAGAGGAGCACCUUUGACUCCUUCCCUUCCGCACUGCUCACCUGUUUCCAGAUCCUCACAGGGGAGGACUGGAACUCGGUCAUGUAUGAUGGCAUCAUGGCCUAUGGAGGUCCCAUCUUCCCCAACAUGAUUGUGUGUGUCUACUUUGUCAUUCUUUUCGUCGUUGGUAACUACAUCCUGCUAAAUGUCUUCUUGGCUAUCGCUGUCGACAACUUGGCCACUGGAAAGGGGAAAACCAAACCAGAAGAGAAGAAGGAAGAGGACGAUGAGUGGGAGGAUGAUGAAGGUCAAGAGGAGGAAGAGGAGGCUGAGGAGGAUGAUUGGGAGAACGAGGAGCUCAGAGCCAUCGAGGGUCUGGAGGGAGUUGGCAUUCCAAUGAAGGCCGAGAGUUUUCAGCCCAAGGAGAAGAUUGUGCCCAUUCCUGAUGGGAGCUCCUUCUUCAUCUUGGGGAAGAAAAACUGCCUGCGAGUGGCCUGCCACAACCUCAUCCACCACCACUACUUCACCAACCUCAUCCUCGUCUUCAUCAUCCUCAGCAGCAUCUCAUUGGCUGCUGAGGAUCCAAUCAGGCACCACUCCUUCAGGAACAUCGUGCUGGGAUAUGCAGAUUAUGUGUUCACCUCUGUUUUCACUGUGGAGAUCGUACUGAAGAUGACCGUGUAUGGAGCGUUUAUUCAUCAGGGCUCGUUCUGUAGAAACGCUUUCAACCUGCUGGACCUGCUGGUGGUCAGCGUGUCUCUGCUGUCCUUCUUCCUUCAUUCAAGUGCCAUCUCAGUAGUUAAGAUUCUGCGUGUGCUUCGAGUGCUCAGACCUCUAAGAGCCAUCAACAGAGCCAAGGGACUUAAGAGUGUGAUUCAAUGUGUGUUUGUGGCCAUCAAAACCAUCGGAAACAUCCUGGUCGUCACCUCACUGUUGCAGUUUAUGUUUGCCUGCAUCGGAGUCCAGCUCUUCAAGGGUCGAUUCUUCAGGUGCACCGAUGAGGCUAAGCAUACCCCAGUGGAGUGCAAGGGCACAUUCAUCGUGUUUAAGGACGGGGACAUGAACCACCCCAUGGUGAGGGAGAGGGUGUGGGAGAACAGCAACUUUAACUUUGAUAAUGUGCUGAUGGGGAUGCUCGCUCUCUUCACCGUCUCCACCUUCGAGGGCUGGCCACAGCUGUUAUACAAGGCUAUUGAUGCCAAUCAGCCAAACCGAGGGCCUAUCUACAACUAUCGCGUGGAGAUCUCCAUCUUCUUCAUCAUCUACAUCAUCAUCAUCGCCUUCUUCAUGAUGAACAUCUUUGUGGGUUUCGUCAUCAUCACGUUUCGUGAGCAGGGAGAGGCAGAGUUCAAAAACUGCGAGUUAAAUAAAAAUCAAAGACAGUGUGUGUAUUACGCACUGAAAGCCCAACCUAUAAAAAUAUAUAUUCCUAAAAAUCCCUCCCAGCUGAAGUUCUGGAAGAUCAUCAACUCGUCGCAGUUUGAAUACAUCAUGUUUGUGCUUAUCAUGUUGAACACGCUCACACUGGCUGUGCAGCAUUACCAGCAGUCCAAACUCUUCACUUCUAUCAUGGACAUACUGAAUUUGAUCUUUACACUUGUCUUCACUGUGGAGAUGAUAAUUAAGCUGUUGGCCCUGCGGACCUAUCAUUACUUCAUAGAUGCUUGGAACUCCUUUGAUGCGUUGAUCGUGGUCGGGAGUGUUCUGGACAUUAUGGUCUCAGAAUUGAGUGGAGGAGGGGGGCAUGGAGAGCAGAAAGGGGAGGGUGAGAGCUCCAAAGUGUCCAUCACAUUCUUCCGUCUCUUCCGAGUAAUGCGACUGGUAAAGUUGCUGAGCAAAGGCGAGGGCAUUCGCACGCUGCUAUGGACCUUUGUCAAGUCUUUGCAGGCUUUGCCCUACGUUGGUCUGCUGAUUGCCAUGAUUUUCUUUAUCUAUGCCGUAAUAGGCAUGCAGACAUUUGGGAAGGUUGCUAUAGACGACACUACUGCCAUCAACCGCAACAACAACUUCCAGCAGUUCUUUAUGGCUGUACUGUGCCUCUUCAGGUGUGCUACUGGUGAGCAGUGGCAGGACAUCAUGCUGGCUGCGUUGCCGGGUCAACGCUGUGACCCCGAGUCAGAUUUUGGUCCGGGGGAGGAGUUCACAUGCGGCAGCAACCUGGCCUACCUGUACUUCAUCAGCUUCUUCAUGCUGUGCUCCUUCCUGAUCAUCAACUUGUUCAUUGCUGUCAUCAUGGACAACUUUGAGUACCUAACAAGAGACUGGACAGUGCUAGGCACGCAUCACCUGGAUGAAUUCAAGAGAGUAUGGUCAGACUACGACCCAGAAGCCGCGGGCAGGAUAAAGCACCUGGACGUGGUCACGUUGCUUCGUAGGAUCCAGCCUCCCCUGGGUUUUGGCAAACUCUGCCCACAUCGAGUGGCAUGCAAGAGGCUGGUUGCCAUGAACGUGCCGCUCUACCCAGACGGCACAGUGUCCUUCAACGCCACCUUGUUUGCCCUCGUCAGACACUCCCUCAAGAUUAAAACUGAGGGUCCUAUUGACCAGGAGAACGAGGAGCUGAGAGCCAUUAUUAAGAAGAUCUGGAAGCGCACCAAACCCAAGCUGUUAGAGGAGGUGAUCCCUCCCCCCAGAGGUGACGAAGUGACUGCUGGAAAGUUUUAUGCGAGCUUCCUGAUCCAGGACUACUUCAAGAAGUUCCGCAAGAGGAAAGAGAAGGAGAGGAAGAAGAAGGGCAAAGACAAGUCUGCCUCUCUUCAGGCUGGCCUGAGGACGCUGCAGGACCUGGCUCCCGAGAUGCGCCUGGCCAUGGCGAUGGAGGAGGAGGGGGAGGGCUUUGAGGGGGAGAUGGACGAAGAGUUCUUCAGGAGUGACAGUGUGUUCAGUGACGCUCCCAUGACCCCGACCCCAGCAAGUACUCCCCUGCCUGGCAUGUUUGAUGAGACGGCCGUCAGCAUUGAGCCCAUGCCCAAGAUGCCCAGUGGUGGGUCCAUGCUGAUAGAGGAGGCCUACGGAGGGGAGUCCAGGCCCACCUCGGCACUCUCGACCAAUGAGGUGGUGGUUGAGCAGCCGCAAAGAUCCAUACCGUUGAUCAGGAUGGAGGCAGUGACCGAAUACCCGGCUCCAUCGCCAGAGCCUUACUCCAUCCCUCCCUCUCCCAUCCCUGCCUCUCCCAUCCCUCCCUCUCCCAUCCCUGCCUCUCCCAUCCCUCCCUCUCCCAUGCCUGAAGCUGCUCCUCCACCACCGGUAGUGAGCGCUCCACUUACUCCUCAGCCCCUGGCACCAGGAGGGGGGGUGGCUUACCCACAGCCACAACCGUACAUCCAGGAGGAUGUGCAGAGCACAGUGUCAAUGGAGAGACCAUGGACCCCAGCCCAGCCUGAGACUCCUCAACCUCCACCCCCCACCACCACCAAUGGGAGCGUAGGAGCUACCUACCCACCUACCCCCCAUCCCAUGGCUGGAAACGGCUACAAUGGCAAUGGCUACGCUGGCAGCGAUUACACUGGGAACGGCUACAAUGGCAACGGUUACUAUAGCAAUGGCUCCAGCAGUGGCAAUGGCUACAAUGGGAACGGCUACAACGGCAAUGGUUACGCGGCUAGGCGACGCCUUCCUCCCACCCCUGCAGGCCUCAAGCCCUCGUUUAAUAUCCAGUGUCUGAGGAGUCGGACAAUCGAUGACGAUCUCCCCAUCCCCGGCACCUACCAGCAGAGCUCACGUCUCCGCCCACAGCCUCCUAACAGCGUAUACGACGCGCGUCCCGAGAGUGCGUCGUCUGGUGCCUCCUCGGCCUCUUGGGCCAACAACAACAACGCCCGGCCCGGCCGCCUGCUUUACGCGCCCCUCAUCUUGGUGGACGAGGCCCGUGGCAGCCAGCCAGUGUGGAAUGCCGACGGCAGCGUCAGCGCCAGCCUGCCUGCCUCUGCCCGUGCUGGCUGGCAGACAGCCGGCACGCCAGGACUGAUGCCCCCAGGCCCGAGUCGAGCCUACAGCACCAUGAGGGCGUCCACUCAGCUCAGCUCUGGCUACGUGGAGAAGGGCAGUGCCGACAGCCUGGUGGAAUCGAUCCUUUUGAACGAGGGGCUCGGGCUGUACGCCAAAGAUCCCAAGUUUGUGAACUUCGCCAAGCGUGAGAUAGCAGAAGCGUGUCACAUGACCAUCGACGAGAUGGAGAACGCAGCAACGGACCUGCUGACACGAGGGCGGCCCGGGCAGCCACUGCGCUUCGAGGACGAGUUGGCCGACGAGAUGAACUGCGUCAUCUCCUACUGAGGGGGGUCACAAUGAGCACGAGAGCGAGUGCGUCUCUGAACUCUGUCCACUCAGGCUCUGCGAAGGAGAAAGACUUUGGAGUGCUUGUGAUCAACAACAGGACAUCAUGCUUCUCCUCCACAUGUAGUGAACACUCCAGUGGAAGCAGUGUGUGUCUACCAACACUGACUACCAAGACUAGUUUCUCGUCCGUUUAAAGCAGAGACAUUACAGGACAAUAGCACUAACACUGGCUUUGGGAUAUUGUGGGGCAAUGGUAUCAUGUGUGUGACAAAUAGGGUUAUUUAUGGAGUUAAUCAUGGAGAAAGGGGAGAGAGCUUUGAUUUGAAAGAUAAAGAUAAAACAAUACACAUUUGUAUCACAUUCAGAUAACUAUGUCUUUCAUAUGAUGCUGAUUCAGUACUGUAUGUCUGAAAUUGAAACAAACAAAGAAAAUAUUGUGUUGUAUACCAUUCAGGCAAUGUCUUUUUAGGUGAAGUCAGUUUGAUCUAUUUGACCAAAGCGCCAUAUUCUACUCUGUUUACUGAUACUGAUUUUUAUGGUGUUGUAUUGCUAUGUCAUAUUUACCUUUUUUGUACAGCACCUAUAAAGCUGACCCAGUCUCAGUUUCAUUCCAACCCUUUUAUAUUUACCGGUCCAGUGGUCGACCUUGUGCUUUAAGUUUACCCAGUAUUGAACUUCACCUGUAGCCAUAUAGACCACAAAAAUAAAUCAUGUUUAAACUUUCAGGUGAAGAUGAUCAAUAUUAACAUGUAACAGUAAAAGGUAUGUUGUAUGAAUAUGAUUAAAACAAUAGAGCAGAUUAGCCCUAGUUUUAAGGAUGAAUACGUUCCAUGCAACUGAUAUGUCUGUCUGAAGUGAGAUUUGUUGUGUUGGU